AUGAGUAGUAUCUCGGAUUACAAGGUUGCCUCCGUGGCCCUGGGGUUCUCCCUCGGGUUUGGCUUCUUGACCGUUUGGGAGGCUAUGAAGCAAACAAGGCGGAACCGCAGCCCAUUGAGAAGUACAUACAUUUACAUGAUCUGGGGAGAGAUCAUAGCCAAUCUGGGUAUUGGAAUUCUCGGCUAUCUAUUCCUGAAUGGCAUCAUUAAACCUGGCAUUCCCGUCUUUUUCUUUAUCCUAUUCUUCUGGGUAUUCGAGAUCCAGCUGUUAUUCCAGAUCAUCAUCAACAGAAUCAGUAUCAUCGCCGAGUCUCGACAAACAAUCUGGCGCCUUAAAUGGGGCACUGCCUUUGUCACAACACUUAUCAACAUUGCUGUCUUUUGCAUCUUUAUACCGGCACACGUUGACCCGCCCAUCCACGCCUUUGUUAUUAUCAACAAAUACUGGGACAGAGCUUCAAAGAUCUUGAUUUGUAUUAUUGAUGCUGCUCUCAAUUGGUACUUUCUUCACAUUGUGAAAGAAAGGCUUCUAAAGGAGAGCCACCUCACAAAGUAUCAGCCACUUGUCUCCUUCAACUCCAAACUGAUGGUUGUGUCGGUCGCAAUGGAUAUACUGCUCAUCGGCCUCAUGUCCCUACCGAAUCAAACAGUGUUUAUUCAAUUCCACCCUGUUGUAUACCUGGUCAAGCUCAACAUCGAAAUGUCUAUGGCCUCCAUGAUCACCCACCUGGCCCGAAAGAAGAUGACGGACGAACUAUACCCAUCACUCCCAUACUCCAACACCCCGAAACUCCACAGCUCCAAGAGCGGCGCACACGAUAAGACCCCAGGAUACGGCGUAUCCAUAGAAAUGACACACAAGUCAAAAGCCGGCUCAACCGCGAAAGCAUCUUUUGAUGACGAAUCAGAUGUGCCUGAGACCUCAAAUGGUAUCCACAGACGUAUCGACGUCAAGAUUGAGACGGAACCAGUUCAACAUGAACGAAAGGGUAGUAAGUUCAGUCCAGUAGAGGUUGAGCUACCAUCUCGAGGUGAAGGACGACCUAAGAGGAGUCGCUAUGAGCAGAUUGAACGGGGUCAAGGAGGAGCAUAA